UCGGAAAAACAGCAAGCGUGUCAUCCGUCGUCAUCGCGAUUUUUUUUUCAGUCAGGCGGAGGAGGAAAAGAAAAUCGCCUUUCACAAUCUUGCUAAAAGUCGAUCGUCUUAUCUGCCGAAUUUCCGCAAUAAAUUGCGCGUGAAAAUACUCGCGAGUUUGAUAUUAGAGUGCGGGAAGUUGAGGUGAAGCGGAAAUUCACGAUGACGAAAACGCGCUUCAACACCUACGAUGUGGUCUGUUCCGUGACGGAGCUUCAAAGACUCGUCGGCAUGCGUGUGAACCAGAUCUACGACAUCGACAACAAGACGUACUUGAUCCGGCUGGUCCGGAACGAGGAGAAGGUGGUGCUGCUGCUGGAGUCCGGCAAUCGGUUCCACACGACGGCGUUCGAGUGGCCUAAGAAUGUGGCCCCGUCGGGCUUUACGAUGAAGAUGCGGAAGCAUCUGAAGAACAAACGGCUGGAGAGUUUGCGCCAACUGGGGGUGGAUCGGAUCGUGGACUUUCAGUUCGGUUCCGGGGAAGCGGCUUACCAUAUUAUUUUGGAGCUUUACGAUCGGGGUAACAUUUUGCUGACGGAUUGCGAGCUGAAGAUCUUGAACAUUUUGCGGCCGCACGUUGAGGGGGAGGAGUUGCGGUUUGCGGUGCGGGAGAAGUAUCCGGAGGAUCGGGCAAAGCAGGAUAGGGGGCCGCCGCCGAUGGAGAAGGUGAGGGAGACGAUUGCGAAGGCGAAUCCGGGGGAUACGCUGCGAACGGCGUUGAAUCCGAUUUUGGAGUACGGAGCGUCGGUGAUUGACCACGCGCUUACGAAGUACGGGCUGUUUGGGUGUCGGAUUGGUGGGGAGUUGAAUCCCGUUCCUCCGGAGGUGUCCAAGAAGGUUAAGAAGAAGCAGAAGGCGAUUGCGAAGGAAUUUGCGAAGGUGUUCAAUCCUGAGGAGGACAUGACGGCGCUGAUGUGCGCUAUUAAUGACGCGGAGACGAUGCUGCGGCAGGGAAUGCGGGAACCGUCGAAAGGGUUCAUCAUCCAGAAGAAGGAGCUUAGGCCGGCUAAAGAGGGCGAACCUGAAGAGUACUACCUGACGAAUCUGGAAUAUCAACCGUACUUGUACAACCAGUACAAGGACGAACCGUACCAGGAGUUCGCGAGCUUCACCGCGGCCGUUGACGAGUUUUACUCCACACUGGAAGGUCAGAAGAUCGACCUGAAGUCGUUCGCGCAGGAGCGGGAAGCGCUGAAGAAGUUGUCCAACGUGCGGACCGAUCACGCGAAGCGACUGGACGACCUGACCAAGGCCCAGCUGGAGGACCGGAAGAAGGCGGAGCUGAUCACGAGGAACCAGAACCUGGUGGACAGUGCGCUGUUGGCGGUGCAGAGUGCGCUCGCGUCGCAGAUGGCCUGGUCGGACAUUCAGGAUCUGGUGAAGGCGGCGCAGGCCAACAACGAUCCGAUCGCGUCCUGCAUCCGGCAGCUGAAGCUCGAGAUCAACCACAUUUCGCUGCUGCUGAAAGAUCCGUACGCCGUUUUGGACGAGGAGGAAGAAGAGGAGGAAGACUCGGAUCGCGAAGACGAUGAGCAAAAGCUAGAACCAAUGGUGGUGGACGUCGAUUUGGCGCUGUCUGCCUUCGCGAAUGCCCGUAAAUACUACGACCAGCGUCGAUUCGCCGCCCGCAAGGAGCAGAAAACGAUCGAGUCUUCGUCGAAGGCGUUGAAGAACGCCGAGAAGAAGACGCUGCAAACGCUGAAGGACGUCCGGACGCAGACGACCAUCUCGAAGGCGCGCAAGGUGUACUGGUUCGAGAAGUUUUACUGGUUCAUCAGUUCGGAGAACUACCUGGUGAUUGGCGGGCGCGAUCAGCAGCAGAACGAGCUGCUCGUGAAGCGUUACAUGCGUCCGGCGGACAUUUACGUGCACGCAGAGAUUCAGGGCGCGUCCAGCGUGGUCAUCAAGAACCCGUCCGGGGCAGAGAUCCCGCCCAAGACGCUGCUCGAGGCCGGCACGAUGGCCAUCUCGUACAGCGUGGCGUGGGACGCGAAGGUCGUCACGAGUGCGUACUGGGUGCGGAGUGAGCAGGUCAGCAAGACGGCGCCGACGGGCGAGUAUCUGACCACGGGAAGCUUCAUGAUCCGCGGGAAGAAGAACUUUCUGCCGCCGUGCCAUCUGGUGCUGGGGCUGAGCUUCAUGUUCAAGCUGGAGGAGAGUUCGGUCGAGCGACACAAGGGCGAGCGGAAGGUGCGGACGUUCGACGAGGAGUCGGUUGUGAGCGUGGAGGAGGAGAAGGGGCAGGAUCAGGAAAUUCAGCUCGAAGAGGAAGGUGAAGAGUCGGAGCAUGAAGAAAAAGCUGGCGAAGACCUACCGGAAAAGGUCGAAGACCUAACAAUUAAAGAGGAAGAAGAUCCGGAAUCCACCUCGGAAGACGACGACGACGACUCCGGCCCCAAAUUCCCCGACACACACAUCAAGGUCGAGCACGACACCGGCAAAGUGUCCGUCCAGCCGGACCCAACCCUCCAACGACUCACCUCCCACCCCGAUCCCGACUCCGUCGUCUUCCUCGGCGACGACAAACCCUUCAUCAUCACGCCGGCUCCUCCGCGCAAAAAGCAGGUCCAAAAGAGCAAGCAAAAGGCCAAGAACAAGGAACAGGCCAAGGAGGACGCGGCCGUGCGGGCCGGCCGCCGCCUCGAAGCCGCCCAAAAGCAGGGCCCCCUCAAGCGUGGCCAAAAGGCAAAACUGCGCAAAAUCAAGGAAAAGUACGGCGACCAAGACGAGGAAGAGCGCAAACUCAUGAUGGACAUCCUCAAGUCCGCCGGCAACGUCCCAACCAAACCAGCUCAAAACGAAGAAGCCUCCGGCAGCGACCCCGCUAAAAAGUACCCCGGAAAGAAACCGCCCCCGCGUCAAAAGGCGGCCGACCUCGAAGAGGUCCCCGACGACACCCCCGCUGCCGCGGACGUCGACAUGCUCGACUCCCUGACCGGAUGUCCCCACGAGGAGGACGAACUGCUGUUCGCGAUCCCCGUGGUAGCCCCGUACCAGUCGCUGCACAGUUACAAGUUCAAGGUCAAGUUGACGCCCGGAACGGGAAAGCGCGGCAAGGCGAGCAAGACGGCGCUGCAGAUCUUCCUGAAGGAUAAGCAGUGCUCGCACCGGGAGAAGGACCUGCUGAAGGCGGUCAAGGAUGAGACGCUGGCGCGGAAUAUUCCGGGCAAGGUGAAGCUGUCGGCGCCGCAGAUGCAGAAGGUGAAGAAGUGAGGCGAGAUGUUGGGUUGAAGUUUGUGAAAUUUGUUUGGCGAUCAAUAAGUAGUUGUUAAGGGUAUUCGAAAGCUGUUGUCAUUAUGCAAUAAAAUAUAUUAAAUUCAA